AUGAAGCUUCAACUCAUAGUUACUCUACUUCCUAUCGUGCUACCCUUGGCACAUGGGGCCCCUGCUCGCAGGGAUACCCCCAACCCCGGUCUUCGAGGGAACGGCUCGCUACUUGGAUAUUCUCCAGACAACGAGGUUGGCGGCGACUCGCGACCCGACAUCAAGUAUACUCUUGUUCCCGGGCAGAAGGAAAAUCCCGACACCGGGUCAUACCUCGAUUUCGAGAAAGCCGACAAUCCCCAGCCGAUCCGUGGUCCGACGGGUUCUGAUGAUCCUGGUCCGAGUAUGAGCGCCUUCAAUCCUAUGUGCAUUUCAAUACAUGCUGACCGCACUGAAAUUAUUGCAGGAAACUAUUACUAUGACAGAAUUAAUAGUGAUAAACUUGCACCUCCCGGGACUGACCAUGGGGAGACAAUUAAUGCGCAGUGGCCGAUGGGCAAGUCUACUCGUUUCCGUGGACAGAUAUGCAAUAACACCAACGUGAUGCCGGAUGCGACGCUCAUGGCCGGUGUUGAUAUGCGCCUGGCGCCUGCCGGCUACCGCGAACUUCACUGGCAUGUGGCUAGCGAAUGGUCCUUGGUCCUGAAUGGAUCGUGUCGAAUCCAGGCUGUCAACGAGAACGGGGAGACAUUUAUCGACGACGUUACCGCUGGCGAUGUGUGGUUUUUCCCACCUGGCGUUCCGCAUUCUAUUCAAGCCCUCGACGAUGGAGUCGAAUUCCUUCUAGUAUUUGACGAUGGAGACUUUAGCGAGGAUAAUACAUUCCUGGCAACAGAGGUCUUUCUCCACACCCCAAGAGAGGUCCUCUCAAAAAACUUCGGUGUUGAUGUAUCAGCCUUUGACAAGAUCCCCGACGACGAAUUAUACAUUUUCAAGGGUACUCCUGCCCCAGAGGACAUCGAAAAACAGAAUGUGACAACAGCUGCCGGCCUCAUACCUCGCGCUAAGAGUUAUUCAUAUCAUUUCUCAGAACAGCCGGCCCACGAAGUCGCCGGGGGCUCGGUCAAGAUUGUCGACCCGCUGACUUUCCCCAUCGCUAGCAACUUCUCCGCCGCUGUCGUUACCGUUCAUCCAGGCGGUAUGCGCGAAAUCCACUGGCAUCCAACUAGUGACGAAUGGACUUUCUUCAUUUCAGGUGAGGGCCGAGCGACACUUUUCACUGCCCCGAAUGCUGCAACUACAUUUGAUUAUCGCGGCGGUGAUGUUGGUUACUUCCCAAAGUCUAAUAGCCAUUAUAUCGAGAAUACUGGUGAUGAAGCCUUGGUCUUCGUGGAGGUGCUCCAGGCGCCUGAGUUUACAGAUAUGGCUCUCGGUCAAUGGAUCGCGUCCACGCCGAAACAAAUCGUUUCGGAUACACUCAACCUCAGUGACGACAUGCUUAACAACCUCAAGACUGAGAAGCAAUAUGUUGUCGCUGGUUCCAGCGAUUAG